CUGUCAAACACAUUUGACUGUUACACUAACCGGAAGUCACUUUCUGCGUGGUUUUGACGCAUGGGUUAGCAAAUAAGGUAAUGUGAGCGUUUCUCCGCGAACAUAACACGCUUAUUUGAACAAUUUAUCCGCUUUUGAUCCGUUUACUCACCAAUUUUGCACGAGCGGAGCCGUUUUAUGAGCGUGUCAUAGAAAUCUAUCCAUGACUUCGAGACGACAGUAGCCGCGUGGAUGAGAAUUUACUUCUAACACCGAAUUUGGUUGACGGUGUUCAACUUCUAGUGGUCGCAAUAUCUGAGAUGAAACGGAAGGAAAAAAAGCGAACCCCCUCCGAAGCUGGAAGAUACAGUUAUUUGAAAAACACAAGAAAAGAAAACAAGAUACAAUCGAAUUUAUUCAAGAAAACCUUCCUCUCGAGCCUCCCCCCAAAGAACCUCACAACACCUCCAAACGAUGGCGAACGCGUUUCUGCCAACUGGAAAAGAUUACAAGAGACUUUCAAGUCCAGUCAGAUGACAAAUAAGCAAGAACCGAAUGGCCCUUCACACGAACGGAAAGACAAAGCCUCCCAAAACGCACAUCAGAGCAGUGUCUCCAAAGCUAAGACUGAUUCAGGACCAAAAGCCAAACACGGAACCGUUGACCCCAAGGCCAAAAGACCCUUUGCGGCGGACGCAAAGCAGCCCGCCGCCGCGGCUGGAAGGAAAAGCCAUCUGAAAGCAAACGGCAAGCAAGCGGCCAAGAAGCGGAAAGUGGAGGCAAAAGAGUCCAAACCUCCAGAAGUGGACAUUUGGUUCGACGACGUGGACCCCGAUGACAUUGAGGCCACGAUGGGGGCAGAGGCGGCGGAGAUCAUGAGGAAGAGGCAGGGCGUGUGCAAGAAAGCCACGGCCAACAUGUUGGUCAAGGAGAACUCUUUCGAGGGCCUCACCAGGGUGGUCGCCAUGGACUGCGAGAUGGUCGGCGUGGGUCCCCACGGGGAGGACAGCAUCUUGGCACGCGUGUCGCUGGUCAACCACUUUGGCAAGUGCAUCUACGACAAGUACGUCAAGCCCAGCGAGUUUGUGACCGACUACCGCACGGCCGUCAGCGGCAUCCGGCCGAAAGACAUCGCAGAGGGCGAGGAUGUGGCGACCGUGCGCAAGGAAGUUGCUGACAUCCUGCACGGGAGAAUCGUGGUGGGCCACGCGAUACACAAUGACUUCAAGGUCUUGCUCCUGGAUCACCCUAAAAAGAAAAUCCGAGACACUCAGAAGUAUAAACCUUUCAAGACAAUGACCAAGACAAAGCGGCCCUCCCUCCGUGUGCUCUGUGAAGCAGUUCUCAAUGUCAAGGUCCAACAAGGCGAACAUUCCUCGGUGCAGGACGCGCAGGCCGCCAUGAGGCUGUACACGCUGGUGAGGAAACAGUGGGAAGCCGACAUCAAGGCGGGCGCGGCCGAGAGAGGCCAAAAGCGAAAGCCCAAGCCUCCGGAGAACGGCAAAACGCGGCCUGGCGCUGGUUCGUCUUCUUAAGGUUGAAAAGGACUCGCCAUGCUCUGUGUUGCUUGAGUUGUCACUGAGGACAUUUUUCCCGAUGGGCAACAAAGAAGGAUAAAAAAAAAAAACACCAACGAAGCAGAGCAGAGAGCACAGAAAGAUACGUUUUUGUUUUUUUUUGUCCGUUGACGGCCGUGGUUGUGCAAAAGCCUUUUCUUCUUGGUUUGCAUUGCUGCCUUGCCUUUAGAGUUGUACAGUCGCCGUCCCCUUUGGAAUAAAGUUGGAAACACACACACAUGCGUCGCACUCCCCUCACAAGUGAUUUUCUGCCCCGACCCGUUCAAGCAGCCGUUCUUCAAAGGCUUCAUUUUCCUCAAAACAAGAAUAAAAAGCUAAAAAGAAGAAGAAGCCAGCGAUGGACGACGUCCGGCCGUUGGUCCUCAUUUCCUCCCCAAGUGUUGUUGUUAACCUCAAUCAAAGAUGUCCGUCACUCAUGUUUCAGUCGGUGAACUCAUGCGUGGGUUUUCUCUGGGUACUCGGGUCAACGCUAGUUUUCCGCAAAGUGAAAAUGCGUUUGAUUGCACGCCCCCUUGCGUUUCACCUGAAAGCAAAACAGUGAUUCGCCUCAUUUGACCCGUUCCCUUUUGCGUUUCUGCACUCGCUGAAUGACGGCAAACUGUUUUUUCCGCCCUCCCCGUUCCCUUCCUUCCCUAAUGAGCUUCCUCUGUAGACUCGACAAGUACAAGCGAGCUGCCGAAGCCUCAUUGAACAAUAACGCAAGCUGCUCGUCGCCACGCAACUCAUCUGGUCGGUCGAGUUUCCCCGGCUCAUCUUUGCGGCCGCGCACGCUGGCGCUCGCUAGCCCUUUUGUCCUUUUACAACUACUGCAAUUUUCAUGAGAUGAGAUGAAGCGCUCACUCUUGGGAGUGUCCCGUCAAGAAGUGCAUUAGCGGCCCCGCUGACCCUCGGACUCCUCACCAGCUGGCUCUCGUUUGGUAUUGCUGCCGUCAGGCCCCCAACCCCCCCAUGUCACUGUCGGGAAGAAAUGCCAUCUAUGCUGUAUGUUACACAUACUGUAUGGUACAAUAAAGUUGAUCCAAUUCGUCAAUGUGUGGACGUGGCAUUUGUGCAAAUGAUUGACCAAAGGUGAAAUCAAUCAAUCAACGGCUUGUGCUUCUUGAUUGUAAUUUCCCCAUUGCGGGACAAAUCAAGGAGAUCUUCAUCUUAAUCAUGUUGAAUGAAGCCAGUUAUUAGGAAGCUCGCGCAUCAUAUGCACCAGUGGUUGGGAGCAAUUAUCUACAUGUAAUACGGUAUUUGUAUUUAUUAGCGCCCCCCC